UUUGAAUUUCGGAACUUGAGGCCUCAUAGACUUGAAACACCAAAAUAAAGCAACGCAAAGGGGAAAAGGAAGAAGAAAAAAUGGAGAAUAAUAGCAAAAAUGGAACUGAUGCUCUUCUCAAAGUUUCAACUCUCAAUUGUAUUGAUCUUUCUAAUCUCGAUAUUCACCAAUCCGUCUCUCUACUAAAGCAGGCUUGUUUGGAUUGUGGUUUUUUCUAUGUGAUAAACCAUGGGAUAAGUCAGGAAUUCAUGGAUGAAGUAUUUGCUCAAAGCAAGAACUUAUUUCAUUUGCCUUUAAAUGAGAAAAUGAAACUUUUAAGGAAUGAAAAACACAGAGGAUACACUCCAGUGCUUGACGAGCUUCUUGAUCCUGAUAAUCAAGUUCAUGUAGGAGACUACAAAGAGGGGUAUUACAUAGGCGUGGAAGUGCCAGAAGAUGAUCCUGAUGCGGAGAAGCCGUUUUACGGGCCAAAUGUUUGGCCUGAAGAUGGUGUUUUGCCUGGAUGGAGGCAGACCAUGGAAAAAUUUCAUCACGAGGCAUUGGAGGUGGCAAAAGCAGUUGCAAGGAUCAUAGCGCUUGCGCUUGACCUAGAGGUUGAUUUUUUUCAUAAGCCUGAGAUGCUUGGAAAGCCUAUUGCCACCUUGCGGUUACUACACUACGAAGGUCAAGUUUCUAAUCCUUCAAAAGGAAUAUAUGGAGCGGGUGCACAUUCUGAUUAUGGACUGAUUACACUCUUGGCAACGGAUGAUGUGAUGGGUCUGCAAAUAUGCAAAAAUAAAGAUGCAAAACCUCAGAUAUGGGAAUAUGUGGCACCUAUAAAAGGAGCUUUUAUAGUCAAUCUCGGGGACAUGCUGGAACGCUGGAGCAACUGUAUAUUCAAGUCCACUUUGCACCGAGUUUUGGGGAAUGGUCAGGAGAGAUAUUCCAUUGCAUACUUUGUUGAACCGAAUCACGACUGCCUUGUCGAAUGUUUGCCUACUUGUAAAUCCGAAAACAAUCCUCCAAAGUUUCCACCAAUUCGUUGUGCGACGUACCUGAGCCAACGAUACAAGGACACUCACACCGAUUUAAGUGUAUACGAUAAACAUCAAACUUGAAGUCCUCUCGGAUUAUGUUUAGGUAAUAUAGACUCGCUAUCAAUUUGAUUUAUGCUAAUUUCAAAUCUAUUUUACUCAAAUGAUA